GGAGCGGGGCGGAGCUGCGUCUGUUCGCCCAUCCAUCCAUCCGGGCACCAUGGCGGAGGAGCUGGCGGAGCGGCUGGGCCGACGGCUGGGGAUGCGGGAAGGGGAUGCGGAGCAGCAACAGCAGCAGCAGCAGGAUGCGGAGCCCACCCCGGUGCCUCCUGGCAGCCCAGCGAUGCGGGCGGUGGGCAGCGAAGGUUCGCCCGGGGGCGGUCGGAGGCUCUUCAGCCCCGCGGCGGAGUUCCGUGAGUUCUCCCGGCGGCAGCUCCGUGACAUGGAGAGACUCUUCCGACAGUAUGACGCAGGGAAGGAUGGCUUCAUUGACCUGAUGGAGCUGAAGCUGAUGAUGGAGAAGCUGGGAGCGCCGCAGACCCACCUGGGCCUGAAGAACAUGAUCAAGGAAGUGGACGAGGACCUGGACAGCAAGCUGAGCUUCCGUGAGUUCCUGCUGAUUUUCCGCAAGGCAGCAGCAGGUGAGCUGCAGGAGGACAGCGGGCUGCACGCACUGGCACGGCUCUCUGAGAUUGACGUCUCAACGGAGGGCGUGAAGGGAGCCAAGAGCUUCUUCGAGGCCAAGGCACAGGCUGUCACCGAGGGCAGCCGCUUCGAGGAGGAGAUCCGUGCAGAGCAGGAGGAGAAGAGGCGACAGGCGGAGGAGAUGAAGCAGCGCAAGGCAGCCUUCAAAGAGCUGCAGUCAGCAUUUGCUCAAUGACCACAACACGUGGAAGGAGCCACGCCACGCCGUCACCAUUCCCUGCGUGUCAUCAUGCCCAUGACUCGUGCCAAGCUGGUGGCAGCUGUCACUGUGCUUGGUGCCACGGAGCAGGCGGGUGCGCCCAUCCCACUGCACCCCAACGUUGGGUUGGAGGUGGCCUUGGCUCCCCUUGGGCUGCUGGCUUAUUUUGGAGAAAGACGCCCAUAAAGGCCACCGAGGGGAGAGAAGCUUUAUUUUUUGUGUGUCUGUCCUCUAAGCACCCGAAGGGACGGCGUCUCACGUGCUGUCCCUCCAGGAGUGGUUGUGCCGAUGACUGUGAUGUCCCAUGAAGGUGUUGUCUCAACAGCUGCUUCCAUUCUGUUGUAUGGAUGUGUUGUUUGCUGUGUUGUUUUUUUUUUUUUCUUUUUAAAUCCCAAAUAAAUAUUAUAUUUCCUAA